AUGGCAGAACUCGAUAUGGAUGUCGACUUGGCGCCGCCAAUGAAAUUCGACGAGCAUGUGGACGAGGAUCUGAUUGAUUACGAUAUCGACACAACGGAGGACCAUAGCCGCGAGCAGUUUUCAUCUCACCAAGAUGAGCACACUUCGGGUGCGCCAGAACGCGUACUUCCAGUUGAAGGCAUGGAAGGCGCCGAUUCGAGAUACACCGAAGUUGGACAAGCCGAAGAGAUAGUCCAGCUUUCGGAAGUGAGCCACCCGCAGGGCGACAUGGGCUUUGAACACGCUGAAGCUGUGGCGCAAUCACACCAAGAUUCGGAAGCGUACGCCUCGACGCAUCAUGAUAAAGAUACUGCUCUGGAAACGGAGCAAGCAAAAGACUUCCAUGAGAGCCAUGGAAACGCAAAUACUGGUGACAUAGUUGGUACCGAGGCAGAGCACGCUGUAGAUGAGAUUGAUUAUGAAGACGAAGAUGCUACAGUUACACAAGGUUCCCCCAAGAAGCCGGACGAUGCAAACGGUGGCGUGCACGAGGGUCACUCAAAUGACGACAUGACUGCCGCAGAAAUUGUCGCCAGUACCACCACAGCGGUGCCGGCUAGCCUUCCUCCAGCAGAAGCGCCCGUUGGUAGCUCCGAGGUGCCAGAGCCAGCAUCAAAAGAUGACGAAGAUGAGAUAACCUGGGAGAAUGACGGUGAAGAUGACGCAGAAAAGCAUGGCGAACAGGAAUCCGCAGCUGACUUUGAAGACACUGUCGCUACAUAUGACCACGCUGAGAAUGACCCAGACCAGCCAGCAUAUGAGCAGCAUUCUCACGCUACCGACUCAGACUAUGAUGCAGACGCCGUGGUAGAAGUUUCGGAAGAGAAGACGUCUCCGGCAUAUCAUCAAGACGAUUCGCCAUCGCAAGCAGAAGAGCAGGAUUCAGAAGCAGCUGAUUUCCCAGCAAUCACUGUGCAAUACAAAGGAGACGAAUUUCCAUUCUUUUCCCAAGCGAAAACUGAGGGUUUCUUUUCUGAUCUUUCGGUCUUGGAUCAGUCGAUGGAAUCAGUGCUUGUUGGAUUACGAUCAGAGCUGGAGAAUGAGAUUUCCGCACAAGAUGAACUUGUCUUUCAAGUUGAUGAACUUGGGCUCGAAUUUGCAGAGGCUACAGCGCAUAAUACGCUCACAAGCAUUACGCUGCGACAAGUGUUGGAGAUCUUUGACUUGCUAGUAAAGAAUCAAGAUCCUGAUAGCUCACGAACUCUAUACACGUACCUCUUCACGAGAUCGAGCGCUAGUAAACGAUUCGAUUUUCUGGCUGAGAGCGCUGCGGCUGGAAGAGGGCUUGAUGAAGUGAUUCAUCUUUUUGAGAAUCCGGUUGCACACCACCAUGCCCUUGCUGAAGCCGAGCAUGAGCAUGAUCAUGAUCAUGGCGAAGAUAGCGAAACUAACGAGGCUACGGAAAUUCAUGAGAGCGCCGAAGAUGAUGAUGAGAUUGAAGAAAAUGAAGGUGCGGAUGCCGAUACCGAAGAGUCCGAGGCUUCAGAAGAAGAUGAGGAAGAAGAGGAAGAGGAUGAAGAGGAGACUUCAGCCGCCGAGGAGCAACCUGUGGAAUCUGCAGAUCAGUAUGAGGACGAAGAAGAGGAAGAGGAAGAGGAAGAUGAAGAUGUCGGCGAAGACUUCAUGGCAGAGGCUGAAGACUUCAUCAGAGAUGCUGAGGAGAACGCGAACCAAGAAGGGGAGUAUAGUGAUGAUGCAGAAGAGAGCUACGAACAGCUUCAAGCUGUGGUUGUAGAGCCCGUAAAUCAUUCCGGGCAUGCAAAUGCAACUGCAGAGGCCGAUAACGCGCCAGAUGCAACGUAUUCAUACGAUGAUGAAGAUGAAGACGCUGACGCCAAUCCGUUCAUCCACCUCGAGAUGCAGGAGGCUAUGGUAGAUGACGGAGUUGAAAUUCAAUAUGAGGCCACGGCACAUGUGGAAGGGGGCAACGAAGACUCACACCAGCUUGCUAUGCAUCCAGUAGACGAAUUCAUAAACACCAAUGAGGCGGAAACCGGCACGACCAACACACUAGCCGACAAUGCAGAAGCCAUCUCUGCCCUGUUGGAUAUUGGCGCGGACCAAGGGCUGGAAGAGAUUACCAACGAGGAUCUAGCCUUUGAAGAUGAGAUGCCUGAAAUCGACUGGAGAGAUGAUCUAGACGCCCUUGACGAUGCCAAAGACGAGAUAGCCGGUGCAGACUCUGCCCUACCAAAACGGCGUCGCACCGAGGAUGAACAAGGCGUGGAAGACGAACAAGAUGCCAAACGCCGUCGGCCAUGA